AUGGACGAGAGCCAAUCGCGUCGCUCGCUGUCCAUUGUGAGAAUGGACGAGAGCCAAUCGCGCCGCUCGCUCUCCAUUAUGAGCACAAAGCCAAAGAGCCACAAAGCUAUGGGAGAUGGCGAGUGGAUGGCACGGUUGAGGGCUUUUGCCAGCUCUGGAGUUUGGCCAUCUGGAGGAGGAAAUAGACCUUCCCGGAAGUGGUAUGACCUCUACCAGAAGAUUGAGAAAUGCCCCAUGCAGGCCCAUGGACAGACCACCCUCUUUGGAGGGUCCAUGACCUGCAAGUGUGGUUUCCACACCACUAAGCAGCUUGCCGCUUCAUCUACUGUCGCACCUCCACAGUCUAAGGCUUUAGACACAGCUACCGGCACAGUUGCCCCACAGUCUGAAGCUUCAGACACGGCCCCUGCCCCACGGACCUUCCUGAGGCCCCCUCCAAGUUUGUCAAUGUUCACUAAAUCACGAUUUGGUGGGUCCCAAUUGGCUUCAGUAAAGCCAAAUUUAGUGGAUCGAAGGAGCCCCAGCCCCUCUCCUCCACCCUCUUCAAGGACCCCCAGUCCUUCUCCUCCCAGCCCCUCUCCUCCAUCCUCUGUGAGGACUGCCACCCCUUCUCCAUCCACUAUUAGGACCCCCAGCACAUUCUCGGUUAGGGCCCCCAGUCCUGCUCCAUCUUCUGUGAGGCCCCCCAGUCCUGCUUCACCCUCUGUGAGGCCCCACCAUCCUUCUCCACCCUCUGUGAGGACCCCCCGUCCUUCUCCACCCUCUGCGCGGACCCCCAGUCCUGCUUCACCCUCUGUGAGGACCCCCCAUCCUUCUCCACCCUCUGUGAGGACCCCUGUCCUUCUCCACCCUCUGUGA